GGCGACGCUGAUUGGCCAGUACAGUGGGUCACAGCUACUCACCGGAGACGUCAUCGAGAGUACGUCCCACCAGCUGUACUUCAAGUUCUGGGCCGAUUCAUCAUCAGCGUACUCAGGGUUUCACAUCGACUACGCGGCAUUUGAUAUCAACUUGCGGUCCUGUGACGACCCGGGUACCCCCAGCUACUCCAGCAGAGUUGUGACAGGCUUGUCUGCAGGCGACACCAUCACCUACACCUGUAACCCUGGUUACACCAUGCACGGCAGCGCCACUAUCACCUGUCUGACUGGAAAUGACAGGGUGUGGAGCGCAGCGCCACCUACUUGUACAGCUGAAUGUGGUUCAGCCUGGACAGCGCCAACAGGAGCCGUGCUGUCCCCGAACUACCCCGGUACGUACGGUUAUAACCGCAACUGUAUCUACACUAUCAGUGUCCAGCCUGGCCAGGGGAUCAGGCUCACCGUCAGGGACUUCAGAACUGAAGCCAGCGACGAUUAUUUACAGAUUCGUGACGGUAUGGAUUCAUCAGCGACGCUGAUUGGCCAGUACAGCGGAUCCCAACUGUCCAUCAAUCAGGUCAUCGAGAGCACGUCUCACCAGCUCUGGUUCAAGUUCUGGGCUGAUUCGUCAUCAGCGUACUCAGGGUUUCACAUCGACUACGCAGCUUUUGACAUCACAUUGAGAGACUGUGACGACCCGGGUACCCCCAGCUAUUCUUCCCGAGUCGUGGAAGGCUUGUCUGCAGGCGACACCAUCACCUACACGUGUAACCCUGGUUACACCAUGCACGACAGCGCCACUAUCACCUGUCUCACCGGGGACAGCAGGGUGUGGAGCGCAGCGCCGCCAACUUGCACAGCCGAGUGUGGGGGUGAUUGGACAGGGCCUAGCGGUGCUGUGCUGUCACCUAACUACCCCCGCUCCUACGGCUACAACCAGAACUGUUACUACACCGUCACCGUGAGCGCAGGAGAGUACAUACAGCUCACGGUCAGGUCAUUCAGGACGGAGGCUUCAGAUGACUAUCUAGAGGUCAGGAAUGGCCUGGACUCGAGCGGAACGCUGAUUGGUCGCUACAGCGGAACGGACUUGUCGGUAGGGGAUGUCCUGAAGAGCACGUCUUACCAACUGUACUUCAAGUUUCACUCAGACUCAUCCUCCAACUAUCAAGGCUUCCACAUAGAUUACCAAGCUGUUGACAUUGGGCUCCUCCAGUGUGAAGACCCCGGGACGCCGACGUACGCCUCCCGACCAGUAGUCGCCACCUUCUCCGCCGGACAGGCCAUCACCUACACCUGUGACCCUGGUUACACCAUGCACGGCACUCCCACCAUCACCUGUCUCACCGGGGACGACAGGGUAUGGAGCGAUGCACCACCGACAUGCACGGCCGAGUGUGGCGGAGACUACCGCGGUGUCACCAGCGGUGCGGUGCUAUCACCCAACUAUCCCAGGAAUUACGGAAACAGCCAGAACUGUUACUACACCAUCACUGUAGACUCCGGCUUGGGGAUAAGACUCACCGUCCGAGACUUCUACCUGGAAAGCAGCGGCGGUGACUAUCUGGAUAUUCGCGAUGGGCCUGACGAUAGCGCUACUCUGAUUGGACGUUACGAUGGCUCAGACUUGUCGGCUGGUGACGUCAUAGAAAGCACAGGUUACUCUCUAUGGCUAAAGUUCCGCUCGGACUCGUCCUACACGUACACUGGCUUCCACAUCGACUUCGAAAGAUAUGAUCUGGCCUACAGAGAGUGUGACGACCCUGGCACCCCCACCUACUCCUCCCGUGUUGUGGAAGGUUUUGGACCAGGUGACAAAAUCACCUACACCUGUAACCCUGGUUACACCAUGCACGGCAGCGCCACUAUCACCUGUCUCACCGGCGUGAACAGGGUCUGGAGCAGCACCCCUCCGUCCUGCGUUGCUGAGUGUGGCAGCGACUGGACGGCCUCCACCGGUGCCGUGUUGUCCCCGAACUACCCGAGAUCCUACCCGUCCAACCAGCAGUGUUACUACACCGUCACUGUCAGCCCGGGGUCCUUCAUCCAGCUCACUGUCAGGGCCUUCUACACACAAAGCAACGGUGGUGAUUAUCUGGAGAUUCGCGACGGCGGGACCGAAAGUGCGACCCGGAUAGGUCGGUACUACGGGUCACAACUGUCCACAGGCGAGGUCAUCAAAAGUACAUCUUACCAGCUGUGGUUCAAGUUCCGUUCAGAUUCCUCAUACACUUACAGUGGGUUCCAUAUCGACUACGCCGAGAUGGACAUCAGCCUCCGUUCCUGUGACGACCCGGGCACCCCCACCUACUCCUCCCGAGUCGUGGCAGGUUUCUCGGCUGGACAGUCCAUCACCUACACCUGUAACCCUGGUUACACCAUGCACGGCAGCGCCACUAUCACCUGUCUCACCGGGAACAGCAGGGUCUGGUCUGACUCCAACCCCACUUGUGUUGCUGAGUGCGGCAGCGACUGGACGGCCUCCACCGGUGCCGUGUUGUCCCCGAACUACCCGAGCUCCUACCCGUCCAACCAGCAGUGUUACUACACCGUCACUGUCAGGCCGGGGUCCUUCAUCCAGCUCACUGUCAGGGCCUUCUACACAGAAAGCAACGGUGGCGACUAUCUGGAGAUUCGUGACGGCGGGACCGAAAGUGCGACCCGGAUAGGUCGGUACUACGGGUCACAACUGUCCACAGGCGAGGUCAUCAAAAGUACAUCAUACCAGCUGUGGUUCAAAUUCCGUUCAGAUUCCUCAUACACUUACAGUGGGUUCCAUAUCGACUACGCAGAGAUGGACAUCAGCCUCAGGUCCUGUGAUGACCCUGGUACCCCCACCUACUCCUCUCGUGUUGUGGAAGGUUUCGGACCAGGCUACAAAAUCACAUUCACCUGUAACCCUGGUUACACCAUGCACGGUACUCCCAGCAUCACCUGUCUCACUGGCAACAGCAGGGUCUGGUCUGACCCCAACCCCACUUGCAUAGCUGAGUGUGGCAGCGACUGGACGGCCUCCACCGGUGCAGUGUUGUCCCCGAACUACCCGAGCUCCUACCCGUCCAACCAGCAGUGUUACUACACCGUCACUGUCAGCCCGGGGUCCUUCAUCCAGCUCACUGUCAGGGCCUUCUACACACAAAGCAACGGUGGUGAUUAUCUGGAGAUUCGUGACGGAGGAACAGAAACGGCUACACGGAUUGGUCGGUACAGUGGAUCCCAGUUGUCCAACCGUGACGUCAUCAAAAGCACGUCCUACCAGCUGUGGUUCAAGUUCAGGUCGGAUUCGUCCUAUACGUACAGCGGCUUCCACAUCGACUACGCAGCUGUUGACAUCUCUCUGCGAUCCUGUGACGACCCGGGCACUCCAGCAUACGGCAACCGAGUGGUGACGACUUUUGAUGCUGGAAACUCCAUUACCUUCACCUGUAACCCUGGUUACACCAUGCACGGCAGCGCCACUAUCACCUGUCUCACCGGGAACAGCAGGGUCUGGUCUGACUCCAACCCCACUUGCGUUGCUGAGUGUGGUGGGGACUGGCGGGAACCAACCGGCGCCAUCUUGUCUCCAAACUACCCUAGCUCCUACAGCUCCAGUCAGACCUGUUACUACACCAUUACUGUGGAUCCCAGCAACACUAUCCGGCUGACCGCGCGGGCCUUCUACACAGAAAGUGGUUCAGACUACCUUGAGAUUCAUGAUGGUCCCGACGUCAACGCUGCUCGGAUUGGUCGAUAUAGUGGAAGUGGCCUUACUAACGGUGACGUCAUCUCCUCCACCACCAAUCAGCUUUGGUUCAAGUUUAGGAGCGAUUCUUCCACCAAUUACGGCGGCUUCCAGCUGGACUAUGAAGCUGUCUGAGAAACAAGGCGCUUUCAACAAAGGAUUAUCCUUCAGAUGGAGGUCGAACUCUUUGAGGCAAAUAAGACCGGACAAAAUUGAAUAAACCAAAGAAAGAUGCGCCCAUCU